AGUUGCAUCGAUGCAGCAUAAUCCCGUUUUUAACACCAUGACAGCUGUGACUUCCGAUGUAAACAUGUCGAUUUCCCCAGGGAUGUAGGAGACAACGGGGCUGUUAUGGGGUUGCAACUGACGGUUGUUACGUCUGUUGCACAUGUGUUAUGAUAUGGAACCUUCUGAAGGAUGUGCUUGUGUACAAAACGAUGACAGCUGUGAAGCAAAGACUGCAGGCAACAAGCAUGUUCAAUUUUGCCUGGAGAAUAACCAAACCUUCGAGUUUGAAUCUCAUCAACUGAAAAUGGACGGUGAACAAAAUGAAAGCCUGUCCAAGGAAGAAGAAAAUACAGCAAAUGGAGUAGAAAAACAACAUUCACAGCUGUAUCAUGAGGAAGAGGAGCUGGAAGAGUGUCGCAGGUUGUUCAGGCAGCAAAUGAAAGAGCUGAACCUUCAACUAGAGUCUUUCAGAAAACAGUGUAAUGAAGAGAUAUCUCAGCUUAAGCAGAAUGUGGAGGAUCAGAAACAGCUGGCAGCAUUAGAGUUAGAUGAGCUUGACCAGCAGCUCCAGGCAAAAAAGAACCAGAAGAAAGAACAGAUUGAAAGUGAAAUUAAGGAUAUUGAAGCAAACCAUGAUCUGGUGGAGCGACAGAAGGAAGUUCUUGCUAUGGAACAGAAAUUGUUGGAAAAGGAAGAUGAAAUUGCUCAAAGACAAAAGAAUCUUAUUGAUUAUGAAAAAGAGGUUGAAGAAAUUGAAGGCUAUCUGGAUAGAAGAAUGGAACUCUGCAAUAAAAGAGAAAGUGAACUCAAAGAUCUAGACACGGAGCUGGCCUCCCUACGGUCUGACUUAGAUAAAGAAAAAGAAGAAUUGUUAAUCAAGGGAGGCACUGAGGAUGAAAUAAAGCAAGAAAGAGCCAAGAUUAACUGUUCAAACAACAGGAACUUUCUUCAGAAAAGUUUGCUUGAUAAGCAGACAACCACAGAGCUUGCUUUGAAAAGAUGCCGAGCUGAAAUAGAGGAGUUAAAAGAUGCUCUGUCUAAAAAAGACAACCAAGUCAGUGAACUUAGAAAGGAGAUUUGUAAUCUGAACAGGGAAAUAGAAAAGAAAAGUCAGAGAGUGAAAGCAUUAGAGUCACACUUAUCAUUCACUUUGGAUGAAGUCAACAGGAAGAACGCUCCUGUCGUCCAGACAAGGCGUUUAUCAGCAAUACAAGCCAGUCAAGACCUCACAGUUUUGAGAUCGUUGAGUUUCCAAGAUGGCAGAACAAGCUCUUCUGGAAGCUCUUGUAAUGAUCAAGAAAAUCUCAGUCAGACUUUUCCUGGUAGAACAGAACAGAAAAGGAAGGGAACCCUUGUUCACAGUCAUAGCUCUGAAGCAAUGGUCGACAUGUCUAAAAGUCAUAGGGCAAGUUUACCAGGAAGUUCAAGGAGAAAGAGUAUUCAUGAGCGUGGGAGGAGGUACACAUUAACAAUGCCAGAGAUUGAACCUCUUCCUCCUGUGUCCAGACAAUCUAUGCAAUAUGGUUCUAGUAACAGCAAUGUAAAUACUUCACCCACCAAAAGAAAAGACGAUGCAACAAAAUUUGAAUAUGAAAACUCAGGGAGAAUUACAAGUUCAACUUGUAUGGUUAUGUGAUAUUAUUUUUAUCUAUGUUAUUAAAGAUGAGGUGUCUCUAUUUAUUUGAAAUUUUACAAAUUUUGUUUUAUUAAGUAGUUUUAUUAAGAGUGGAGCUUAGAUUUUAGAUACAAGAAAAUUUAUGCAGUGCCUCAAUUUUUAACUGUGAAGCUGUACAGGAAGGGGGGGGCAUCUUAUUGGAGAUCCGUCAUUUAAUUUUUCUGUGGUUUUGUGAGAUUGCCUUUUCCUGCAGAUAACUGACAAUAAAUUUCAGUUUGAAUAUUUUUUUUCACUUAUAGAAUAAUUUGUUACCGUUUUAGAGGCCUGGUGCAAGCUGAAUCUGACUUCCAAGUGUUUGCUACAAAGUUCUGUAGAGUAUGCCAUACUUUCUGUAGUAGUGACAAAGAGAUUGUCAUAUUUUAAGUGACUUUAUGCCAUAGUGAAAACUCCAUGGAGAUUUGAGUAUAUUAUUUCUACUUGAACUGUUUAACUUUUGAAAGCAACAGUGAAGUCAGGCCAGCAAUGUACAUAAAAAUUAAAACAUGAAUUGGGCCAGUUAUUGCUUAUAUAUCACUGAUGUGCACAUAAUUUUUUUAAAUCACAAUAGUUGUUUAACUGUGUUAGGAAAACCAGUAAAAUACUGGUGUGCACGUGGAUUAUGUCUUGAAAAGUUAUUUGUGCCUGUAAAAUAUUGUCAGGGCUGGCAAUACCUAAAUUUUGACAGGCCUUUGAGAGCCUGCAAUACCUUUUUUUUUUGUCAAAUCUGCAUCUAGUUAUAAUUACUAUACAGUACAUUAUAUCAUCCACAUCUUUUUAAGUCUUUGUAUGAUGUUUAUACUGAUCCAUUUUUUUAAAACAAAUUUUUUUUUGAGAGGUGUAUUUUUUCAGGUUUUUAUUAUAACUCUUUUAGUAUUGCCCAUGUUGAUAUUUGUGCUCUGAAAGUUAUUUAGGUUAAAAUUUUUACAAGGGCAUCAGUAUUUUGUACACUUUAUUUGAAGUGAAAACCAAAAAAUAUUACAAUUACUCUUUUGAAAAGCAAUUCAGAAAAUAUUUUUGAUAUUUUAACCCACAUUUUAAAGAAAACAUUAUUAUAAUAGUUAUAUUUUCAUAUGUACUAAUUAAACUAGUUGUAAAUCUGAUAUUAGUAUAUCAGAGUUGAGAAAAUAAAAUUUGCACUUUCAUUGUAUUUUUAAAAGUCAUUUUAAUACUGGAAUAUUUCUUUGUGAUAAUGAAAUGAUAAAUAAAAGAAAUUAUG